CAGCUCAAAAAGAAAAAAAAAAAUUCAUGGCCGUUUCAAAAAGACGUGUGAUUUAGUGAGGAAAGGAAAGAAUCUUCAAGUUUUAUUAUUGUAAUUUUUCCUAUUUUAGGACUACAAUCAUUAAUUAUAUAGAAAAGACAAGAAAGAGUUGCCUCGGGGUUGCGGAGCUAGGAAUUGUCUUUUCGAAGGUUAUAUUGCUUCAUUGAAAAUUUGAAAUUAAAUGAUAAUUCAUUAUCAGUAGUUCAAUUAACAUGGGAAACGUGCUGCACAAGAAAGGAUUCCAAGAAGCAGAAGCAGAAGCAAAAGCAGAGCCAGAACCACAAGAACUAGAACUUAAUUCAGAAUUUACAUGCGAGAUUUGCGUGGAACCAGUGCAAUCCACCAAGAAAUUCAGCAACAACACUCUGUGCCGCCAUCCCUUUUGCAUUGACUGCAUUGCCAAGUACAUUGAGGCCAGGGUAGAAGACGGUGCCCCCGCCAACAUCAAGUGUCCAGCACUCAACUGCAAUCAUCCACUGGAUCCGCUCUUCUGCCGCUCUGUAAUCCCGAGAAAACUCUUCAAUCAGUGGUGUGAUCGUCUCUGCGACACGGCCAUUCUAGAGGUGGAUAAAUGCUACUGCCCGAACAACAACUGCUCGAUGUUAGUCCUUAAUGAGUGCGGUGGCACGGUGAAGAAGGUUUCGUGUCCAAAUUGCAAGAUGACAUUCUGUUUCCAGUGCAAGGUUCCGUGGCACGCAGGGUACUGGUGCAGCGAAAGCGGCCAGAGUAGAGACCGAAACGACGUUCUGUUGGGAAUGCUGGUGGAAUUGAACCAUUGGACUAGGUGCUAUAAAUGUGGGCAUGCUAUUGAAAAAAUUCAAGGAUGCACGGAAGUACAUUGCAGGUUUGUUCCUUAAUCCACCCCUUAAGAUUUCAAGUUUUCAACUAUCAAUUAAAAUUAAAAUAAAUUACUGCCUAACAU